UCUUUCCUACCAAAAAUGGUUAUCCGAUUUCUUCUCUUUGUUGCCUUCCUUUUAUGUUCCUUUGCUUCCGGGAAUGAUGCUAACUCAAUCCAACUGGGCUCCACCAUCGUGGCUGGCACCAAUUCAUCUUGGCGAUCAUCCUCUGGUGAUUAUGCCUUUGGAUUCUAUCACCUCACUAGUGGCCGCUAUCUUGUUGGAAUUUGGUUUGACAAAAUUCCAAAUAAAACAUUGGUUUUGUCUGCAAACCGUGACAACCCAGUAGAAAUUGGAUCAUUCAUCAAUCUCACACGAAGUGGCCAAUUUGUGCUCCAACCUCUCAACGGGACUUCAUUUCCCAUCUACGAAGGAACAAACACAGCAUCAGCAGUUAUGCAGAAUGACGGGAAUUUCGUCUUGAAGAAUGCACUUUCUAACGUUAUAUGGCAGAGCUUUGACUCACCCACGGACACUCUUCUAUUAGGCCAAACUUUGAAUUCCAGUCGGAAUCUCUAUUCCAAUGCCAAUGGAUCAGUUGACUACUCAACUGGACAAUACAGUUUGGAGAUUCAGGAAUUUGAUGGCAACAUUGUUCUUAAAGCUUACCGGUUCACGGAUUCUGCCUACUGGUGGAGUGACACUGUCCAAAACACAGGUGUGAGAAUUAUUUUCGACAACACAACAGCUUUUCUUUACGCGGUCAAUGCCACCCACCAAAUUAUAUUUAACAUGACCACGAAUGUUGAGGGUGCAAUCGAAGAUUACUAUCACCGUGUGGUGGUGGAUGACAAGGGAAACUUUCAGAAGUGGAUUUACCACAAAGAAAAUGGAAGUGAGUGGAGAUCUGUGUGGCAGGCAGUAACAGAGCCUUGCACUGUGACUGCUCUUUGUGGGGUGUAUGGCUUCUGCAAUACAACUGAUUCCGAAACCCAUACAUACACUUGUGGAUGCUUACCUGGCUAUACUCCUUUGGAUCCAACAGCACCCUCCAAGGGGUGCUAUCUCAGUGAGGUCAAGGACUUGUGUCCUGCAAAUUCUUCUGGCUCAAACUUUAUGGUGGAAGUGAAAGAGAUCCAAGAUGCUGAUAUAUCAAACGAGGGCUACUUUUAUUUUGAUCUAGUAGUCUUGAAUAACAUGGAUCUGGAUGGAUGCAAGAAAGAAUUGUUGGAUGAUUGUCUCUGCAUGGUUGCAGUUUCAAAGGGCAGUGAUUGCUAUAAGAAAAAAUGGCCAAUUAUAAAUGCCGUAAGAACCAUCCCUAAAACUAAUGAUUUUGUGAUGCUGGUUAAAGUUCCUCUGGUUGCCAAUGAUAAGGAAUCAUCGUCUUUGGUUAUUUUGAUAGUGGCUCUCAUCUCUUGUUCACUACUUGCUGCAUUGUUUUUAGCUACUACCAUAUACCAUCACCCUGUUUGUCUGUAUAUCCUACAUAAACAGGCACCACCAAAGCCCAAGCCAAAGCCGAUGGAUAUCAAUCUGAAGGCAUUUUCAUUCCAACAGCUGAGAGAAGCAACAAACGGAUUCAAAGACAAACUUGGUCGAGGAGCCUAUGGUACAGUGUAUGGUGGGGUUUUAAACUUGGAGGAUCAACAGGUUGAUGUUGCUGUCAAACAACUUGAGCAAGUAGACGACCAAGGUGAUAAAGAAUUUGUGACAGAAGUUCAAGUUAUUGCUCUUACUCAUCACAGAAAUCUUGUUGGUUUACUGGGCUUUUGCAAUGAACAGAGUCAUAGGCUUUUGGUUUAUGAGAAAAUGGAAAACGGAACACUAUCCUACUUCCUUUUCGGAGAAGGGGAUAAACCCAGCUGGGAGAGUAGAGUCAGAAUUGUGCUUGAAAUUGCAAGAGGCUUGUUAUAUCUUCAUGAAGAGUGUGACAAUCAAAUCAUCCACUGUGACAUAAAGCCUCAGAAUGUUCUGCUUGACUCUAGUUACACUGCAAAGAUCUCAGAUUUUGGACUGGCAAAGUUGCUAAUGAAAGAUAAAACUCGAACAAACACCAAUGCUAGAGGAACAGUGGGAUAUAUGGCACCAGAAUGGCUAAAAAAUGCACCUGUUACUACAAAGGUGGAUAUCUACAGCUUUGGUGUCAUGUUGUUGGAAAUCAUAUUUUGCAGAAAACACAUCGAGUUGCAUCAAAUUGAGGAUGAAACAAUGGGUGAUGACUUGAUACUAAUAGAUUGGGUUAUGUAUCUGGCAAAAGAAAACAACUUAAGAGCACCAGUGAUUCAUCAUCUUGAAGUUGAAAGUGAUAUCAAGAGGUUUGAAAGAAUGGCCAUGGUUGGAUUAUGGUGUGUAAACCCCAAUCCAACUCUUCGACCAUCUAUGAAAAUUGUGGUACAGAUGUUGGAAGGAAAUGUCGAAGUAGGAGUCCCAACAAUAGACUCAUAGAUAGCAAAAAUGUUCCAUGAAAAAUUGCAUUACUUUAAUUUUCUUGUCUUCUAAAUUUGUAUAAGAUUGCUUUGUAUUCUUCAACUUUUGCAUGCCAUUUGAUCGUUAUGGUAGCUG